AUGGCUCCCAGGGUUAUCGUUGUCGGCGGUGGCCUCUCUGGCCUGAGUGCCGCUCACACAGUCUACCUGAACGGUGGAAACGUCCUUGUCUUGGACAAGCAGAACUUCUUCGGUGGCAACUCCACCAAGGCCACAUCCGGUAUUAACGGUGCGCUCACGCGGACGCAGACCGAUCUUGGCAUCCAAGACAGCGUCAAGCAGUUCUACGAGGACACCCUCAAGUCCGCGCGAGACAAGGCUCGUCCCGACUUGAUCAAGGUCUUGACCUACAAGUCGGCUUCUGCCGUCGAGUGGCUCCAGGAUGUCUUCAACCUCGACCUUACCCUGGUUUCUCGUCUGGGAGGUCACUCUUUCCCCCGUACUCACCGUGGCCACGAUGCCAAAUUUCCCGGCAUGGCCAUCACAUACGCUCUCAUGCAGCGACUAGAAGAGCUCACCGACGCUGAGCCUGACCGCGUCCAGGUCAUCAAGAAAGCCCGUGUCACUUCGAUCAACAAGGAUGGCAACCAUGUCACUGGUGUCACCUACGAAUACAACGGCGAGACUCACACUGCCGAGGGUGUCGUUGUUCUCGCCACUGGUGGAUACGCCGCCGACUUCACCAGCGACUCCCUUCUCAAGCAACAUCGCCCUGACACCUUUGGCCUGUCCAGCACCAACGGCACUCACGCCACCGGUGACGGCCAGAAGAUGCUGAUGGCCAUUGGUGCCAACGGCAUUGACAUGGACAAGGUCCAGGUCCACCCCACUGGUCUGAUCGACCCCAAGGACCCAACCUCCAAGUGGAAGUUCUUGGCCGCCGAGGCUCUCCGUGGUGAGGGUGGUCUUUUGCUCAACUCGGACGGUCAGCGAUUCUCCGACGAGCUGGGUCACCGUGACUACGUCUCGGGCCAGAUGUGGAAGGAGAAGGAGAAAGGCAAGUGGCCCAUCCGCCUUGUCCUCAACAGCAAGGCCUCCAACGUCUUGGACUUCCACACUCGCCACUACUCUGGCCGUGGCCUCAUGAAGAAGAUGACCGGAAAGGAACUUGCUAAGGAGAUUGGCUGCGGAGAGGCUGCUCUUAAGAAGACCUUUGACGAGUACAACUUGAUUGCCGAGGGCAAGAAGCAGGACCCCUGGAACAAGAAGUUCUUCCACAACCUGCCCUUCAGCAUUGACGACACCUUCCACGUUGCUCUGAUGGAGCCCGUGCUCCACUUCACCAUGGGUGGUAUUGAAAUCAACGACCAGGCCCAGGUCUUGAACUCGGAACAGAAGCCAUUCGAAGGUCUCUACGCUUGUGGUGAGCUUGCCGGUGGUGUCCACGGUUCCAACCGUCUGGGUGGCUCUUCUCUUCUCGGCUGUGUCGUCUACGGUCGUGUUGCCGGUGACAGCGCCAGCCAAUACCUGUUCCAGAAGGUUAUCAAUGGCGGCGCCUCUGCUGCCCAGCAGCGUCUCGGCCAGAUCUCAUUGCACAUUGACCCUUCGACACCUGGCAAGAUCUCGGUUGAGUGGACCGGUGCUGGCUCUGGCAGUGAUCCUGCCUCGGCUCGUGUUGAGGCCCCUGCUGCUGCUGCUGCUUCAACCCCUGCUCCAGCAGCUUCCUCCGGCUCGGCCGCGGCCGCUCAGGACGUGUCCGACUUCAAGGUCCCCGAGAAGGAGUUCAGCAUGGAAGAGGUUGCCAAGCACAACAAGAAGGAUGACCUGUGGAUUGUUGUCAAGGGUGUUGUCAUGGACGUGACCAACUGGCUCGACGAGCACCCCGGUGGUGCCCAGGCUUUGUUCAGCCACAUGGGCCGUGAUGCCUCUGAGGAAUUCGAAAUGCUCCACGACGACGAAGUUAUUCCCAAGUACGCCUCGCAGAUUGUGAUUGGCCGCGUCAAGGGCCAGGAGCCUCGAUUGGAAUUCUAA